AUGGAAUCCCUAAGAGAGGAAAACUCCCGACUUAAGAGGAAAAUUGAGGCAAACAAGGCGAUGGGAGGACCCAGACCCGUCCCAUCCAAAGUAGAGCCCUCUAUUACUGAAGAAAAAAGUGAAUACAAACCCACAGGCCACACAACUGGUGGCAACUACAACUCCUUCACGUCCCAAAGGUACCGCAGACACCCGUUCGUUGAUGGAAUCGUAGAAACACCACUCCCCCACAAAUGGAAAGCGCCGACCGUCACCUACGACAACACUACCGACCUGGACGAGUUCAUAUCCAUCUACACCAACCAGCAAACCCGUGCUUGUCCCGCCCCGUUGCCAUCCCUAGUUGCAAGAAACGGUACCUUGAGUUUUCUCGAUGCAUACUCCGGGUACAACCAAAUACCCAUGGCAGCAGGGGACGAGAUCAAAAUUGCCUUCAUAACGGAAGAGGCCAACCUUUACUACAAGUCAAAUCACCCAACCCCCACCCAGCAUGACCUAAACCUUACUAAGGUCUUCAACGCCAUACGAAAAUACAACCUACGCCUCAACCCAGAAAAGUGUACCUUCAACGUCAAUGGAGGCAAGUUCUUGGGUUUCAUGCUGACCCAACGAAGCAUUGAGGCCAACCCUAAAAAGUGCAAAGCUAUCAUAGACAUGUGCAACCCCAACAAUGUCAAGGAGGUGCAAAGGCUGGUCGGAAGGUUAACAACCAUUGCUCAUUUCCUAUCAAAGCUUGCGGACAAAACUAAACCUAUGGUCAACCUGUUGAAGAAAUCUGCCAAGUUCGAAUGA